AUGAAGUUGCCCAGUGACAUACCAUCGCUGGAGCUGGAGACAAGCAGGAGGGAGCGCUGUCACCAAUGUGGAGGAAGAAAGCGCCAGGAGCACAGAGGGAGGGCACAAUGGGCAGGUGUUCCUUCAGCUAUAGAUUACUGCCAAAUGGGAUUGAGUAAUAAGGAGGGUGUGGAUGACGAGGUGGCAGACCAUACUUGGGUGCCAGAGAUUGUAAAGGAGCUGGUGGAGUAUUCCCGCUUCUGCAACUUUGUGUCCUGUGCUGUACCUUUUUUCGCCAUCCCUGCCCUCGACGUGGAGGUAGCAGGUGAAAGAUAUAAAAUGAAAAUGCCUUAUUUCGCCUGGGUAUAUUUGUUGUGGACAUUGAGUGCAAUAAGUCUCUUCCCUGUCUGUGCUGUAAAUCGCUGCAAGAUCCUUCAGGAAAAAGCUGACUGCAGUCACCUGGAACUGUAUGACAUACCGUCUGACCUCCCUGUUAACAUUAAAGUUCUGGAUCUGUCCCACAAUCGCCUAAAGAAAUUACCAGCAGCCAAUCUCUCCAGAUAUGAGCAGCUUGAACAUCUAGAUGUUGGCUAUAACACUCUCCAUAUUAUUGAGCCAGAAUUAUGUGAACAUCUGCCUUUGUUGAAAAUAUUCAAUCUACAGCAUAAUGAGUUUACCAAGAUUCCAGAGAAAACCUUCUUAUCCUGCACAAACCUUAUAGAACUAUACCUGAAUUCUAAUGGAAUCAGAGAAAUAACUGCAAACCCUUUUAAAAGCCUGAAGAAUUUGAAAAUCCUUCAUAUGUGUUACAACAAGAUGACAUCUAUGGCCCUAGGUGAUACAGAACAGUUAUCAGACCUUACGGAACUUCUGUUUUCUCAUAACUUGAUCAGUGAACUUAAGAAAGAAGCUUUGGUAUUUCUUGGAAACAAUUCUAUACAGCAGCUAGAUCUAUCAUCCAAUCCUGUCAAAGUGAUUCAUCCAGGGUGUUUUCAACCACUGAAAUACCUCAAUACACUUAUAAUGGCUAACAUGACACUGGGACCUAAUUUGAUAGAACAGCUUUGCACAGAACUGGCGGCAACUCAGAUUAAAGUUCUCAUUCUACUCAAUUCUCAACUAUCAAAGAUACACAAUACAACUUUUGAAGGCCUUGCAUCUACAUCUCUUGCAACUCUAGAUAUAUCAAAAAACAGCUUGAUCCAAAUUGAUAAUGAUUCUUUUAUUUAUCUGCAGUCUUUAACGUUUCUCAACCUACAGGACAAUCAAAUCAGUCAUUUAAGCUCAGGGGCAUUUAAAGGCUUGACAAGUGUUAAAUCCUUGAAUUUACAAAAGUUUUUUAGUAGUUCUAAAGACCCUAAAAUUGAUGAUAUGGCAUUCCAGUGGCUCAGAAACCUUGAGCACCUAAAUAUUGAAAAAAAUAAAAAUAUUUACUUUACACCAUUCACUUUUACAGGCUUGACAAGUUUGAAGACAUUAAGCUUGACUGAAUGCUCAUUUCAGUCAUUUACUAAUAAGACAUUUUUAUCACUCUCAAAAUCUCCAUUAAUGUUCCUGAAUCUCACAAAAACUAGCAUAGCCAAGUUAGAAUAUGGGGUCUUUUCUUCUCUGGAACAUCUUGAGAUACUUGAUGUAGGCCUAAACAAGAUGGAGCAAAACUUAAGUGGCUAUGAGUUUCAAGGUCUUAAAAGCAUUAAAACAAUUUAUCUUUCUUACAAUAAGCAUUUGGCCUUAACAAGCACUUCAUUUAGUUUUGUUCCAACCCUUGAAAAGCUGAACCUUAGAAAAACAGCACUGACAUUUAAAGCCGAGGGCACAUCUCCCUUUAGUUGUCUGAGGAACCUCACAUUUUUGGACCUUGGGAACAACAAUAUUGCUAACAUAGCGGAGGAUUUCUUUUCUGAUCUUCAUAGCCUUCGAAUACUCAAUCUACAGCAUAACAACCUUGCUCGACUGUGGAAAAAAGCUAACCCUGGAGGACCUGUUUUAUUUCUGAAAGGUCUUCAGAAUUUGGAAAUACUUGACUUAUUGUCCAAUGGGUUUGAUGAGAUUCCUACUAAAGCUUUCAAAGGUCUUUCAAAUUUAAACAUACUGGAUUUGGGAGAAAAUAAUUUGUAUUUACUGCCACCAUCUCUAUUUGAAGAUCAAGGCUCACUUGAAUCACUGGAUCUUCAUAAGAAUCUGAUAACAUCAGUUGAGCAGGAUACAUUUAAAAAUCUUUUCAACAACCUUAAAAGGUUUAAUAUGUGCCUAAACCCCUUUGACUGUACUUGUGAAAGCAUUGCUUGGUUUUCUAACUGGCUUAAUACAACAAAUACAAGUGUCAUAGGACAGAGCACACAGUAUGUUUGCAAUACACCUAAUAAAUACCAUGGCAUUUUUGUGGAACAAUUUGAUAGCGCUCCCUGCAAGGACACAGCUCCUUUUAAAGCAGUAUUUAUACUCACCUUCUCGGUUACAAGUUGCUUUCUAUUUUUGGUUUUGUUCUUACAUUUUCAAGGCUGGAGAAUACAGUUUUACUGGGAUGUUGUGGUUAACACGAUUCUUGGUUUUAGAGUAAUUGAUCCAGGUCACCAAAACUUUAUGUAUGAUGCUUAUAUCAUUCACGCUAGCAAAGACAUAGAUUGGGUUUACAAAUAUCUGCUUCCAUUUGAAGAAGAUGCUGCUUCUCAGCUUAGGUUCUGCUUUGAGGAAAGAGACUUUGAAGCCGGAUUACCGAUUCCAACGUUAAUAGUCAACAGCAUCAGAAGAAGCAGGAAAAUUAUUUUUGUUAUUUCCCAUGAUUUUCUGAAUGACAAAUGGUGUAGAAGGUUCAAGAUACACCAGGCCCUCCAGCAAGUCAUUGAGCAAAGUCGUGAUUCUAUCAUUCUCUUGUUUGUUGAAGAUAUUGCUGACUACAAACUAAAUCAUAGCCUAAAACUACGAAGAGGAAUGUUCAAGUCCCGCUGUAUUCUACAAUGGCCUGCUCACAAGGAAAGACUAAAUGCUUUCAAACAAAAAUUUAAGAUUGCUUUAGGCUCAACUAACGUGGUAAAUUAAAGAUCAGUCUAAAUAGUCUACGGUAUGGAGGACAA